UUAUCUGUCGUUGUUCAGUUUAUCUCUGCAUGCAUCAGCUCAGUUACUGCACGAGGCUGUUGUUGUUUACUUCAGCGUUUGCACAAGUUGACAUUUGGAGGAAAUAGACUAAUCCUGCUUGGCUUUGGGCUAUUUGAUUCUCUUUAUCCCUGUUUUGGCUUGGAGACCUGAGUGCAGAUUUUAUUACGAUUAUAUGCUGGGAUUUUGGUAGUGGCUUUGUUUUUUAUGGCAAAAGGCUAUCYUGUAUUGUUACCAGCCUGAUGUGGUCACACUUAAUCAAAUUCAAGUGUAUUUGUUUUUGUUCAAAACUAAAAACAUUUUAGGUUGGUUGAUGGCAAAAGUAGUUGGAAGCUCGAUCAAACGUAAAUUUGAAGCUGCUUCUUCUAACAUGACCAUAAAGAAGAAUUAGCACCUCUUCAAAACAGWUAGUGCAAAGAGGAUUUAUUGCAAGAUUGCCAUGUUUGGAUUAGAUAUAGUUAGGCAUACUGGGAAGUUGUGAGUCUAACAGCAGUUUUGUGUUUGCACAGCCUGUUCACAUAGAGUAGACAGUUUGCUCUCUGAGAGGCACAACCCUCAGGGCAGUUGCUUCCCGCCCAUUGCUUCAGAUUCUGCCCCACCCCUGUGCCGUUUCCCUGGGCUUUCAUAAUCCUAAGCUGACUCAAGACACUGCUGUAGGACUUGCUGUCCUGGUGGUUAAGUCUUUUGAACAGAAGAGGAUCGUCCUGUCUCCUUCAGCCUUUUUUUCCCCCCCUCUCAGCCGAGUUUGGUUUUCCCACCGGUGGAGAGGAGGCAGGUAGUUUGAUUGAUUCUUCACUGGUGUCCGAGUCUUCUGUCAGCCAGAACCAGCAUGGAAGAAGAGUCUAAUCAAAGAAGAAUGACCAUGGAUUUUUCUCAGCUGCAUACAUAUACGCCUCCACAGUGUGCUCCAGAGAACACCGGCUACACUUACUCUCUCAGUUCCAGUUACUCCACUAAAGCACUAGAGUUUGAGAAGGAGCACCAGAUCGCUCCUGUGUACGAGUCGCCCAGGAUGUCGCGACGAAGCCUGCGUCUGCAGAACUGUGCCAGUCAUUAUGGCAGCGAGAGCUCGGCGGAUCACUCCCAGAACCACAGCAGCAGCUACACCAGCACCAGGAGAGAGACACGGACAUCUCGAAGCAGGAGGCAGCAGGCCACCUCCAGCUCCCUGUCUUUAUCCCUCAGCCAAAUCGCCACCCCGAGACAAACCCUGUCCUUCUCUGCUGCUAGUACCCCGAUUGACAACAGCAGAAUUAUUCAGGAGAGCAACAGAACGUCGGAGGUCUCUCAGGCUGCUUCAGCUUAUGACCAGUCCCACCUGAGACAUCGCAAAGUCARCACCACCACCAUUACUGAUACUAUUGUGGAUGGACAUUGGGGGCAGAUUUCCAGCCACAGUUCAUCAGGUGUAAACGGUGACGCCAGCACGUCAAAAUCCCACGCGUUGCUCGCUAAUGGUUACAUCUGCAGAGACUGUUCGUUACAUUCUCACAAAUCUGACUCCUACAUCACACGGUCGUCGUCAUCACAAGCAGCGGAGCUCUCUGCCGAUGUCCCUUCUGCUUCGUUGUCACCCAUCUCCAGUGUUUAUACCAGAGACAGGAGUCGGAAGAACAAAACCGGUGUCCUGAUGUCAGUGUGUAAUUCGUGUGUGCGCUACAGUAAACAAGCCCUGGCACCCUUUGUGUCCUUAGUCUCCCUUUUCUUCAGUAGUGUGAUCCAGUUGAGUUCCUGGGUCAAGAGCUCAUCAGCAAAAGGUGUGUCAGCAGGUACCUUAGCAUCGUCUUGGGACUCUGUGAGACAAGCGGCGUCCUCGAGUAUGUCCAAAGUUUGGCUGUUUAAGCAGACUGCCUCCCACAGGACGACGGGCUCCAAGGCUUUUGGCUAUGAAGGACAAGCUCACUCCAGUUUCUGUGGAAGCAUGAACGUGAAGGAUCUGGUGACAGAAGACGCGUCACACCUCAGUCUCAAUGGUUCRCUGUUUAAAGCUUGUAAAGGACUGCUGUGGUUUCUUGCAAGAGGAUGGUACCAGCUCGUGUCCCUUAUGUCUCUCCUUAAUGUCUUCUUCCUAACUCAAUGCAUUCCCAGACUCUGGAAGCUCCUGUUGCUCCUUUUGCCCUUUUUACUCCUCCUGCUCUUAUGGUGGUGGGGUCCAACUACCGCUGCCCUGUUUGCCUACCUCCCAGCUGUAAACUUGACCGAGUGGCGUUCUGCAUCUCCCUUCACUUUCCUGUCUAACUUGGCGGCUGUUCCAGCUGCUGCCCCUGAGUCCGAGUCUGCAGUGGAGCAGACCGCAGCCACCCCAGCCUCACAUGGAACACCAAUCUUUCCCCCCGUGGCUAUCUCCGGUGUGGACCUGGAGCGCCUGGAACGUGUCGAGCGCCAGCUAGCGCUGCUGUGGGAACGAGUCCAGCAGGGAGACCAGAAGCAGGAUCAGCGUCACCGGGACAUUUUAGGUCUCUACAGCACUCUGAGAGAGCAGCUGCACACUCAGACUGAAAGGGAGAGCUUGGAGGUGUGGGUGUCCUCUCUGCUGGAGCAGCGACUCGGCGCGCUGCGAGGAGAGCUGGAGCAGGAGAAGUCGCACACGGCACAGGGUGCAGAGCAGCAGAAGCAGCAACAGGAAAGUCAGGCAGCACGUCUGGCUGGUUUAGAACAGCUGCUCAGCGCUUUGGCUGCCAAGACGGAGGCGAUGCAGCAGAAGCAGCAUGAACACGAGAAGGAAAAACGAGAGGAAGAGGUCAUGAAGUCAGCAGGAGACACAGCUCCUGUCAGUGUGGGUGUGAAGCAGGAGGACCAUGAUGCUUUGCUGGUGGAGGUGCAGAGACUUGAAGCAGAGCUGACUAGAAUCAGAGGAGACCUCCAGGGUGUCCUUGGCUGCAAGGGCAGAUGUGAGCAGCUGGAUACACUGCAGGAGACAAUAUCAGGUCAGGUGUCCUCACAGUUACGGAAGGAGCUGCAGGCUCUGUUUUUUGGUGGUGGUGAAUCCGGAGAGCAGCAGGGUCAGAUACCCGACUCUCUGCUCCACUGGCUGUCCCAACGCUAUGUGAGCACGUCUGACCUGCAGGCGGCGCUGGCCUCACUGGAGUCGAGCAUCCUGAGAAACAUUUCACUGCAGUUGGAGCUGAGCCGGGCCCAGACGCUGGGUGAAGCCGAAUCACAAACGAAAAACAUCGUUCAGACAAUUACUGGGACGGUUCGUCAUGCGUCCGCUGCUGAGGGACUGACCGAAGAGCACGUGAAGCUGAUGGUCCAGAACGCUCUGAAGCUGUACUCUCAGGACCGAACUGGUCUGGUGGACUAUGCCCUGGAGUCUGGAGGUGGCAGCAUCCUUAGCACCCGCUGCUCUGAAACAUACGAGACAAAGACAGCCCUCAUGAGUCUGUUCGGUCUGCCUCUCUGGUACUUCUCCCAGUCUCCACGAGUCGUCAUCCAGCCCGAUGUGUAUCCUGGUAACUGCUGGGCGUUUAAAGGCUCCCAAGGUUAUCUGGUAAUCAGGCUGUCCUUGAGAAUCCUACCCACGUCCUUCUGUCUGGAGCACAUCCCCAAGGCUCUUUCUCCAACUGGAAACAUCACCAGUGCUCCACGCAACUUCACUGUCUUUGGUCUCGAUGAUGAGUACCAAGAAGAAGGAAAGCUGCUAGGGCACUACAUAUAUGAAGAGGAUGGUGACGCACUACAAAUUUUCCCAGUUAAGGAGAAGAACGACAAGGCCUUCCAGAUCAUCGAGGUUCGGGUCCUGUCUAACUGGGGUCAUCCAGAAUACACCUGCCUAUACCGCUUCAGAGUCCACGGAGAGCCGCGUCCUGAAUGAACCACUUCUAAUAAAGAGCAUUACACACCCUCUGUACAUAGUUCUCACCAGCUUCUUUAAAACUGAGGGGACGUGGCAGUGUGGACGUUUGCCAAUGAAAGCCGUUAAGACAGAAGUCGUGGAUGGUUAAAGCAAAGUGCCYAGAUGGAAUCGUGAAGAUGUUUUUUUAUUUUUAUUUUUUGUAAUAGUGAAAGAAUUUGGAAAGUUUGUUUCUGGACUGAUGAGGAAGAAGAAUGGAAACCACAGAAAAAGCUAAAUGUCCCCCUUUUCAUUGCACUGAGUCGACUCUAAGGACACCCUGCUCCCACCAAGCAGAUAAAUCCAUCCCCACUUCUUUAGGAACGUGAACACUUGAAAUGGAGACUCAUCUCAACUAUCUUUUCACACACACACACUGUUAUGAUUUGUGUUUAAAACUUGUUUUGUUUUUGUUUUUUAAGGCUCUGCCAUUUUUAGGAUCAAGACUACUUCAUCUUUGCCUGAGAUACUAUCCAGGCAGAUCACUGUUUUUGUUGUUAUCAAAUCUUUUCAAAGCCAUGYACAUGUUGAUGUUUACUAGCCUAAUGCUUUUCUAUAAUCAUAUGUAAGAUGUUUGUUCUACAGCCUGAACAUGCUGCUUAAGGACAAACUCUGAAUGUUUGAUCAAACAAAAAGCAAGUUUCCUUUAAUCGCACAGCAACAUUAUUAAACCACUGACCAGAACUCGUAUGUGAUGCAAGCAUUAGGAGGCUCUUCACUCUUCACGUGUCUGAUUAUGGACAGACACAAGGAAUGACGUUAGAGCGUGGGGACUCCUGAAAAAUAAACUUUCACAUGCAUCUUGGAUGUAGAAAAGCGAUUCCUCCCUGACUGUUGGAGUCCCGUGCCAGGAUCUCAGAUCACAACUUAUAAUAGAAGCUAAAAGAUUUUACAUCUCRUGUAAAUAAGUGUUUUUAUUUUUAGCUGUUCUUUUUCUUUUAGUUUACCAAAAACGUCCUCACACAGGCUUUCAACUCUGAAACCCCGAAGGAAUGUAAUUUGUAUAUUUCAUUGUUAAUAGUUGGUCCUUUAUUAUUAUACUUUUAUCAGUGUUGUUUUAUAAAAAAAAUUAUCAUUAAUAUGGUUAUAUUACUAUUAUUUUUACCAUUGCUCAUUAUGUUUGCUUCCUUUUUGUUUUUUGGGGGGAUUGAUAUCAAAAGAUGCACUGCAACAACUUGUGAGACAAAAAUGUUGUAGCACGUUCUUUUAAUAUUUUGAUUUAAAACAAAAAGUUGGACAGUUGUGUUUGCAACUAUGGGUGAGUCUAAAAUGUUAUUUGUGUAAAUUAAAUGUUUUGUUGACAGUUUUAUUUAUUUACAAGAUAAUCAGUGGCUGCAAAUUCUGAGUUACUGCAGUGUAUAUUUUGUUGAAAGCUGUUCAGUGCAUUUUUGGAAUAUUCUUGGGAUUUUUUUAAGAUAAAUGGCUAUUUUUGUUCAGUCAUGAGAUGACUUAACUGCUUUGGAAUAUAUUCCAAUAAAGACUUUAAUUUUGA